CCGUGGCAGCCACAAGCUCCUGCGGCCAGCGGCACAGUCCACAGACGAGCAACGCGCUCUUGCUCUGCUGCCCCCCACGAUUCCCUUCGCCCGGGCAAGCCGCCCAGCAGCCCGCGACGCCCUCUCAUCAACUUUGAGCUGGAGGAGAAGCAACUUUGGCAGUGGCCGCGGGUUUGGAAUCCCGCUUCUCCUGGCAGCAGUAGCGUCUCAAGUCGCCGGGGUUAGGUGGGGCAAGAGUUUCGCUUGCGCAUCGGCGCUGAGUCUGCUGUUUGCAACCUGUUUCCAGCGAGCGGGGAGCGGCAUUGUGACUGCCUGUCGUCUGGGAGAGGGGGACUUGUUUUUCUUUCCCUCUAGAGACCUUGGCUCGCAACCGGAUAAAGGAGUAUGGAAAGGAUGUAAAUAAGCAGAGCAACUGUUACGAGAAGGCAACCACCCAAAGACAGGGAGGACCGUGGGGCUUCGUUCGGUUUUCCCCAAUUGCAACAUUAAUCAAGAGUCAGGUGUUGAUUGCAACUUUUCAAGGUCGGCCACCGAGAGUAGCCAUUCCCUCUGUGAAACGUUGAGGGUACACCUCGCUCGGAUUGGAUUUUGUCUGAGAAAUGCACGGGACACCAAACGAGGAAGGAUUGUAGGAGUGUGUGUGACCCCAAGACCCAUCCUCCACCCUCCUGGUAAUCUCCGGUCCCCCGUUGCCCGGGCGGGGGUGAGUAUGUGACAUGUGUCUAACUCGCAGCAGUAACUUAGGCAGCAGGUGUCGGUCCUAAGCAAGGAGCCACGGCUGCUGGGUGCGCCCUUGCCAAGCCAUGCGGGCUACGGGCGCGUUUCUCGUCCGCAUGUCACAGCUGCUGCUUCUGCUACUGCUCAAGGUUUCUGCCUCUUCUGCCCUCGGGUCCGGCCCUGCACCCAGGAACCAAACCUGUCUGGGGCAAAGCUGUUCAUCUACACUGAUCCAGCACCGCAGCAGGGACGCCUGGGGACCGGGAAAUUCUGCAAGGGACGUUGUUCGAGCCCCUGCGCCCUGGGAGAAGCCAGAGGCAGCGGUACUCGCCGCGCCCUCCCGGGACCUACCGGCGGCCCCAGGCGAUUACCCAGGUGCCGGGAGAGGGGCGGAGGUGUCUGCAGCCGAACCCUCGGGACCUCCAACCAGACCGCCUAGCCCCUGGAGGUGGAAAGGUGCGCGCGGUCAGUUUCCCCCUGAAACUUUGGGGAGAGGAGACCCUACCGCCCUCCAACUCUUACUUCAGAUAUCAGAGGAAGAGCAGAAGGGUCCCAGAAGCACUGGCAUUUCCGGGUGGAACCAGGAGCAGAGUGUGAAGACGGUGCCAGGAGCCAGCGAUCUUUUGUACUGGCCAAGGAGAGCCAGGAAACUCCAGGGUUCCCGCCACAAGCCCCUAUCCAAGACGGUCAGUGGGCUGGCGGGGCACGAAGUGCGGACAAUUGCACUUCCUGGCAGGGCGCUGGCCCAGAAUGGGUCCUCGGGUGAAGGGGUCCAUGAGCGCGGGGGUCCCCGCCGGGGGAACAGCACGAACCGGCGCGUGAGACUGAAGAACCCCUUCUACCCGCUGACCCAGGAGUCCUACGGAGCCUACGCGGUCAUGUGUUUGUCUGUGGUGAUCUUUGGCACCGGCAUCAUCGGCAACCUGGCGGUGAUGUGCAUCGUGUGUCACAACUACUACAUGCGGAGCAUCUCCAACUCCCUUUUGGCCAACCUGGCCUUCUGGGAUUUUCUCAUCAUCUUCUUCUGUCUUCCGCUCGUCAUCUUCCACGAGCUCACCAAGAAGUGGCUGCUGGAGGACUUCUCCUGCAAAAUUGUGCCCUAUAUAGAGGUCGCUUCUCUCGGAGUCACUACCUUCACCUUGUGCGCUCUGUGCAUAGACCGCUUCCGCGCCGCCACCAACGUACAGAUGUACUACGAAAUGAUCGAAAACUGCUCCUCCACAACCGCCAAACUUGCUGUGAUAUGGGUUGGAGCUCUGCUGCUGGCACUUCCAGAAGUUGUUCUCCGCCAGCUGAGCAAGGAGGACUUGGGGUUUAGCGGCCGAGCUCCUGCGGAAAGGUGCAUUAUAAAGAUCUCUCCUGACUUACCGGACACCAUUUACGUUUUAGCUCUCACCUACGACAGUGCGAGACUCUGGUGGUAUUUCGGCUGUUACUUCUGUUUGCCCACACUUUUCACCAUCACCUGCUCUUUAGUGACCGCGAGGAAAAUCCGCAAAGUAGAGAAAGCCUGCACCCGAGGGAAUAAGCGGCAAAUUCAGCUAGAAAGCCAGAUGAACUGUACAGUAGUGGCACUGACCAUUUUAUAUGGCUUUUGCAUUAUUCCUGAAAACAUCUGCAAUAUUGUCACUGCCUACAUGGCUACAGGGGUUUCACAGCAGACAAUGGACCUCCUUAAUAUCAUCAGCCAGUUCCUUUUGUUCUUUAAGUCCUGUGUCACCCCAGUCCUCCUUUUCUGUCUCUGCAAACCCUUCAGCCGGGCCUUUAUGGAGUGCUGCUGCUGUUGCUGUGAGGAAUGCAUUCAGAAGUCUUCCACAGUGACCAGUGAUGACAACGACAACGAAUACACCACGGAACUGGAACUCUCGCCUUUUAGUACCAUACGCCGUGAAAUGUCCACUUUUGCUUCUGUUGGAACUCACUGCUGAAGGACAGUGCCUGCUUUGGUCAGAUUUGUUUAUUUGUUUGAUUUUCAUAUCCUGUGAAAGUUUUUACUUCAUAUUUUUCCUUACAAGGAGAAAAAUG